AUGAAGAACUAUUUGAUCAUUUUAGCAAACUAUCUUCUCGAAAGUAUUGAUGAAACAAUCAAUCCAUGUGAAGACUUUUAUCAGUUCGCUUGUGGUACAUGGCUUAAAAACACACGAAUACCUCCUGAAAAUGGUAAACAUCGUUCACUAUCAAGACUGACGAUACGAUUAGAAAAUGCGCUUGCUGAUUUCUUUUCAACAUCACCAUCACAAAAUGACACAGUAGAGCCAAGAGCAAUUAUCAAUGCUCGUCGUUUGUAUGAUUCUUGUAUAGACGAAAAUGCUAUUGAAAUAGAAGAUAUCGAUGUAAUACUCUCAUUGGUCAAGACAGAAUUUGGUGGAUGGCCUGUCUUAGAAGGUUUGACAUGGAACGAAUCAACAUUUGAUUUGUCUCGUUUGACACUUAAAUUAAACCAAUACAAUAAUUUUAUAUUAUACACAAUCAAGUCAGUUGCUGACGAUAAGAAUUCAUCGGUUCGAAGUAUUCGAAUCGAUUUUAGUGAUCUUCGAGAAAAUCUGAUUCAUCUUGUAAAAGGAACAGAAGUUUAUAAAGCUUAUUACGAGUUCUUUAAUAACUUGACUCGAGCAUUGACUAAUGACACGUCAACAAUCGAUGAUGAUGUUCUUGCUUUAAAAAAUUUUGAAUUAGAAAUUAUCAAAAAACUGAUGAAACAUGACAAACUAUCUUUUCAAGAUAUUGUUCGUACAACAGUUGGUAAUCUUUCGCGUAUAGUGAACUCUAAUUUUACUAAUUAUCUUCGUCGUUUAUAUCUAUUUGGAAAUGUAUCUCUCGUUGAUACGGACAUUGUUACUGUGUAUGCACCUAAAGUUUUGCUUGAUAUUGUGUCAAUUAUUGGUCAACAAUCACCACGUACUAUACAGAACUACAUGAUAUGGCGUUUCAUGAUGAACCGAGCUUUGAAUAUGCCAAAACGAUUUCGAAACAUCGUACAACAAUAUAACUAUGUGUUUUAUGACACCACUGGUAGUCAACGACGUCCCACUAUAUGUGCUAAUUACGUUAAUGCAAUGAUGGGCUUGACAGUUUCAAAAAUCUAUAUAAACAAAUAUUUUGAUAAGGAUAUUCGGAAAGAAGUUCGAGUUAUGAAAGAAAAAAUUGGUUAUCCUGAUUAUUUAGAGAAUGAUGAUGUGAUGAAACUUGAGAAAGAUUAUGCGGAUUAUAACUUCAACACAUCGUUUAUGUCGAACGUUUUGAGUUUACUUCAAUUACAUUCGAAACACGGUCUUCGAAUACUUCGUGAUCCAGUUGAUAGUAAUGACUGGACUGGCAUCUUACCGACAGAUAUCAAUGCUGCGUAUAGAAGUUCAUUGAAUGAGAUAGUCUUUCCAGCUGCUUUUCUUCAUACACCCAUCUUUGAUAAAGAUGCACCUAGAUAUCUCAAUUAUGGUGGCAUUGGUUCCGUUAUAGGGCAUGAGAUUACACAUGGUUUUGAUAGUGAAGGCAUGAAAUAUAAUAUGAAUGGGAACAAAAUUCCCUGGUGGACCAAUGAGACUAUUGAAGCCUUUGAUGAACGUAAAAAAUGUAUCAUUGAACAGUACAAUAAUUAUACAUUGAGUCAAAUCAAUCGUCAGUUGAAUGGUGAACGAACACAGAAUGAAAAUAUUGCUGACAAUGCUGGACUGAAACAAGCUUUUUUUGCCUAUCAACAAUGGACUAAAACACAUAAAAAGUUGGAAAAGAAGCUUCCAGGUCUAACCAAAUAUUCAAAAGAACAAAUGUUUUUUCUUAAUUUUGGUCAUAUGUGGUGCGAAAAAAUGACAAAACAAUCUGCGCAUUCUUAUAUUAUGGCAAAUGUACACUCACCUUCACAAUUUAGAGUAUUUGGUCCUACGUCAAAUUUUGUUGAGUUCGAUCGAGUGUUUGGUUGUAAGCCUGGUCAAGGCAAUAGUCGAGUGGACAAGUGCAGUGUCUGGUAG